UUCAAGAUAAAUUUCGGUCUAAUCAAAUUCGAGAACAAGCAGCGAUUUCAAACGCAAGAGUCAAAAGACUCAAAACCUUGUUGCUAAUGGACGCGUAUCAGCCACCGCCUCAGUACCUGAGACCGCCGUCUGGACCACCGCCUCCGGCGGAUCCUUACCACCAAUACUAUCAUCAUCAGGCGAGACCACCGGUGCCUCCUCCUACGCAGCCCGGUGGUCCUCCUACAUGGUACUCCAACCAAUUUCAUAACCCUCACUCUCCAUCGCCACCGCCUCCACCUCCGCCGCAGUGGGGACCACCUUCGCCGCAUUAUCCUCAAGGCCAACCUUACUCUUCUUCCGCUUACCCUCCUCACCAGCCGCCCUUCAGCGCCGUCGCUAAUGGUAACAGUCAGUUUCCUCCUCCAUCUACCGGUGCGCCGAUUCCUCCGCCAUAUCCUCAGGCUAAUCAGGAAUGGGGCAAUCCAAGUUGGGGGUAUCAACAACAACAAGGUCACACUCCUCAAGCUAAUAGCAACGUCGAGGACUGGGCAGUGAAAGCCAAAGAAUGGGCAGCUGCGAACAAGGAUCAGCAAUCGCAGUCUGUACCGAACCAACCUAGUGGACAAGUCUACCAGCAGCAGUACCCUACUCAUGGCUAUCAAGAUGUUCAUCAACAGGCGGCGGUUCCAGGAGUAAACUAUCAGCAGCAGUUUCCAGUUCCACCCACAACACAGCCGGAUAGAUAUCCAAAUUAUGCAACAGGACACGAGAGUUUUCCUGGAGGUGGAUUGCCCCAAGAAAACCUGACUACCAGUUCUGCAAUUCAUCAGCAGGAGGUACCUUAUAGUUAUUCUUCUGUAGCAGGUAAUGAAGAGUCUGGAAAUGCAACACAACAUGAGGUGCAGAUAUCAUUGCCUGAUGGUGGGGAACCUGUUCGCACGGAGCAGCAUAUGCAAUAUGCAUAUGGAGAUCAAUCAGCUGUUCCACCUAGUAACCUUAGUGAUCAGCCUGUACAGUUUUCUACAAGAGAGAAUUCUGAUUAUUCUAGUGUUCACAAUGCAUGGCAGUCCCAUACAACAACCGGGGUAGUCUAUCCUCCAAUCCCUUCAUCGGUGCAGUCAAUACCUCAGAAUGACUCAUCUAUGGCUAUACCUCCUGUUUCGGGUCAUAUCAUGCCUCCAUAUGGAAGGUUUCCCCCACCAAACCUCCAGCCUGUUGGACCCCCAUAUGCUUUUGCGACAAAGCCGCCUCUUCACCCUGUUACAGCAUUCAUGGAUGACUCAUAUGCAGCAUCGUCUGUUCCUCCGAAAAAGGCUCCUGUACCUAACUGGCUCAAGGAAGAAUUGUUGAAGAAAAAAGCAGAUCUUGGAAGGCCUUCUUCAGGGAGUUUUGAGGGGAGAGAAUCUAUGGAUGAUGAUGUACUUUAUAAACCUCCUGCCAAAGCUGAUCAGCGUGACGAAAAAAGCUUCAGCCCCUCCAAAUCCUCUGACGGACAAGAAGAAGAGGAUGAGGAUGAGAUGGAUGCAGCUAGAACCACAGAAAUUAAUAUGGAGAUAAAGCGUAUCUUGACUGAAGUCCUUCUUAAGGUUACAGAUGAAUUAUUUGAUGAAAUUGCAACCAAAGUCAUUAAUGAAGAUGAAGCAAUACCUAAAGAUGACAGUGUACAGCACAAUCAUAAGACGUCAUCAUCCCUUCUCUCCACAGCUGAUCCACUCCACAAGGCUUCGGCAAAGAUUUUGGUCUCGGUAGAAGGCGCAAAUAACAAAGCUAGUUCUGGCUCUCCAGCAGAUGUGCUAGGUCUUGCUAGCUAUGCCUCUGAUGAUGAUGAUGCUGAUACUGAUGCUGCUUCUAAUGCGGAUGCUGAUGAAAAUGAUGGAGUUGAGAGUCUUGGUGUGGGGUCAAGACACGAUCUUAGUCAGCGGCCAAGCACUGAGAAACUUUCUGAACCUGAAGCAAUGGCCAAUGCGAAAUUGGAUCCAAAAGUUGAUGUCAAUGCUAGUUCCGGCAAGAAUAGUAAGUCAGGCUUGGAGGAUUAUUCUCAAAUGCCAGGCUCCAGAAGAAAAGAUGAUGAGGCAGGUAGUACCAAAAUAUCAGAUGUAAGCGCCAACUCUGGACUUGCUGCUGAUACUUCAGGAAGCAGAAAAGAGCAUCCUGACAGAACUGAUAGUGAUAAAGAUGCAGUACUAGAUGAACCUCACGGGAAGAAUUCUGGCUUGAAAUCAGAUUGCAACCUUCGUCAGGAUAGUAAUAAAACUUCUGGGAAAGACUUGAGUGACGAAGUGAGUACGGAUAGAAGUAGAACAGAUGAAACGAAAGGUGGGAAAGAGAAAGUAGAUUCUCAGAAUGGCUCAAAAGAUAGAAUGAAGGAGAAUGACUUAAAGUCAGCAGAGAAAGUUAAAGGCGUUGAAUCAAAUAAAAAAUCUACCGAUCCCCAUGUAAAGAAAGACUCAAGGGAUGUAGAGAGGCCUCACAUAACUAAUUCCAAGGAAGACCGGGGUAAAAAAAAGGAGAAGGAAAAGGAAGAAGAAAGGUCAAGACACAGGCGGGCUGAAAGCUCGAGCAAGGACAAAAGAAGACGUUCUCCAACCAGUAAUGAAUCUUCUGAUGAUUCAAAGAGGAAGUCCCGUUCUAGAAGAAGGAAUGUAUCACCAUCUCCUGUGAGGUCCAGAAGAAGACGCUCUUCUCCAUCCAGUGAUGAACUCUCUGAUGAUUCAAGAAGGAAGUCAUCAUCUUCAAAAAGAAGGAAUCGGUCACCAUCUCCGGGAAGGUCCAGAAGAAGACAUGUUUCUUCGCGGUCACCACAUAGCAAGCAUUCUCAGCACAAGCAUACUCUCUACUCUUCUCAUGAAAAAUCCAGGUCAAAGCGGUCAAGAUCCAGAUCAAGAUCCCCCCACAGGCGCCAUCGUGCUAAAUGAACACUCUAGCAAACUGGUGUAAGACUGUAUCCGGGACAAUGUUGUGCUGAGACUUGGUCAUUUCUGAUGUACGCGGUGGAUCAAAGGAUUGGGUUAAAGUACUGGACGGACACCGGUAUAACCAAAAACUAUAAAGUCACCGGUUUGUGAGCGAAAUAGUGCAUUGUGAACCGCUCUUUCCUUAGUUCUUGAGAAGAAAAAUCCAAAGAUUUUUGACUGAGACUAGUUUGACAAUAUUGUUGGUUGGUUAAGCGUUUCUAUGUGAAAAUUUGUCAGUUGAUGUUCUUUCUCUGAAACAUUGCA